AUGUCCAAUGAUCCUGCUCGACCCAAUAUCGUCCUCGUCCUUGCGGAUAACUUAGGAUGGGGAGAGUUGGGGUGCUAUGGUGGUGGUAUUCUUCGAGGGGCCGCAACUCCCCGUAUUGACAAGCUCGCAUCGGAGGGUCUUUUGUUGCAUAACUUCAAUGUCGAGAGCGAUUGUGUACCGACAAGAUCGGCCCUGAUGUCUGGACGACACCCGAUUCGCACCGGUUGCCGCCAGUCUGUUCCAGCAGGAUUCCCGCAAGGCCUGACAACAUGGGAGAAGACUCUUGCAGAGUGUCUCAAGACAAAUGAUUAUGCCACUGCCCACCAUGGAAAGUGGCAUCUUGGAGAUAUCGAGGGCCGGUAUCCAUCUGAUCGAGGCUUCGACGAAUGGUUCGGUAUCCCUAGGACAACGGACGAAACCCAGUUCACCUCCGCAAUCGGUUAUACCCCAGAGGUCGCCGAGCUUCCAUACAUAAUGGAGGGUAAAGCGGGUGAAAAAUCCAAGAACGUCCAGAUCUAUGACUUAGAAAGCCGAAGGCUAAUCGAUGAGAUGCUCGUUGCGAGAUCAAAAGACUGGCUCACCAGAAAGGUCCAAGAACAAAAGCCAUUCUUCCUCUAUCAUCCACUUGUUCACCUUCAUUUUCCGACUCUACCCCACAACGAUUUCAAAGGAACUACAGGCCAAGGAGACUUUGCUGAUUCAAUGGCUGAAAUGGACUACCGGGUCGGGGAAAUUCUGGAUCAUAUUGAUGAACUCGGGGUCCAGGACAACACGGUGUUUAUCUUCGCAUCCGACAAUGGCCCAGAAUUCCGCGAGCCGUACCGCGGAACUGCAGGCCCAUGGUCAGGAACAUAUCAUACUGCUAUGGAAGGCAGCCUACGCGUGCCAUUUAUCAUUCGAUGGCCCGGGCAGGUCCCCCAGGGGACAACGUCCAAUGAGAUUGUUCAUGUCACCGACAUAUUUUCGACACUUCUUUCCAUUGCUGGGUCAGAGGUCCCAUCCGAUCGGCCAAUUGACGGAGUGGACCAAACGACAUUCUUCCGGGACCCUGUAGGAACAAAGUCCCCAAGGACAGGAUUUCUGUUUUACAUCAAAGAAGAACUGCGUGCUAUCAAAUGGAAGGACUGGAAAUUACACCUUGUGUGGGAGCCAAAGGUAAACCAAUCUUCUGGGCGUCUUGAGAGUCCUUAUCUAUUUAAUACUGUGCGAGACCCCAAGGAAGAGUCGGACAUCCUUGCUUUCAAUACCUGGGUUAUGCAGCCGAUGAUGAAACUCAAAACGGAGUUUGAACGAAGCCUCAAGUAUGACCCUGCUCCGCCGGACCCACUGAAACAAUGGUAG